UUUAAACCAUAUUCCUCUUUUUUACAUAUUGACGUUAUAUUUCCUAACACAAGCUACUGGUUUACUUCAUUUGGUUUUCUUUUUUUUAUUAAUAUGUGACAGAUCUGUGUCUUCUUUGGGACAUUUUUAGAAAACUCCCCUAGAUUUGGAGACUGUUUGUUGAGUUUUAUUCAAUCAUUUCAGGGUUUUCCUCAUGGUUCAGAUCAGGCUGAAGCAUUUUCCUGCCUCAUGUUUCCAGCAUGACUUCCCGCGUCCCAGACUGUGAGGGAAGUAAGCCGACUUUGUCUGCCCGGCAGAGGAAUUAACUUGUUGACAGUCUUGGGUCUCCUUAUCUCUUGACAUCACCCCUUGAUGCUGAAAAAAGGAGCUCAAAUUGCAAAAAGAGGGAAGAUCCCGGUCCAGAAGAAAAGCUUGAUUCCCUUUACACCGCCUUCUCUCCAGCUGGUCUGAGGAGAUACCAGAGUUUUCUUAGCUCAGCAGAAAGAUAAAAACAUUGGAUGUAAGAACUGCCUUACAUCCCCAUGCAGUGGGGGGAGAUCAGAAGGCGUCCUGACCACCUCAGAGCAAAUCCAGCUGCCCUUCAGAAGAAAUUUAUAACCUCAGUCUUUCCGUCAUCUCUGAAGCUCAUGACCAAAGAAGAUGCCAUGCAUGUGCAGCAACGCCACCUGUCCAGUUUGCUGCUGCUGUCCCAGAGGCAGGAACUCCUCGGUCACCAGGAUCGUUUACGCCUUCAUCCUGCUGCUGGGCACACUCGUCUCCUGCAUCAUGCUGUCGCCGGGGGUCGAUCAGCAGCUCAAAAGAAUUCCAGGCUUCUGUGAGGACGGAGCGAGCCCCCAUCUUCCCGUUUUCCAGGCCCACCUGCGGUGUGAGAUGCUUGUGGGCUAUAAAGCGGUGUACCGCGUCUGCUGCGGCAUGAGUUUGUGGUUUCUGGGCCUCUGCAUUCUUAUGGUAAACAUCAAGACCAGCAGGGACCUCCGUGCUUCUAUCCACAACGGGUUUUGGUUCUUCAAGUUUGUUGCCUUGGUAGCCAUCAUGGUCAGUGCCUUUUAUAUUCCCGACAGGCCUUUCACCUACGCGUGGUUUGUUAUAGGCUCCUGUGGAGCUUUCUUCUUCAUCCUGAUCCAGCUGGUGCUGCUGGUGGACUUUGCUCACUCUUGGAAUGAAUCGUGGAUGCAGAAGAUGGAGAGCGGCAGCUUCAGAGGCUGGUAUGCAGCUCUGCUCACCGUCACCAUGCUGAACUACGCCCUGUCGCUGACUGCUGUCGGGCUUUUCUUUGUCUUCUACACCAAACCGGAUCAGUGCUUCAUCAACAAGUUCUUCAUCAGCUUUAACUUGUUCUUGUGCAUCAUGGCCUCUGUAGUCUCUGUUCUGCGUAAAGUCCAGGAGUUUCAGCCGCGCUCAGGUCUGCUGCAGUCGUCCUUCAUUACCCUGUACACCAUGUUUCUGACCUGGUCUGCCAUGACCAACGAGCCUGACAGAGAAUGCAACCCCAGUUUGCUCAGCAUCUUCCAGCAGAUUGCCUCCCCGACACCCCCGACUUUGGAAAUCGAGAACCAGACGGCUGUGGUGAUCCUCCUCACAGAAGAACCCGUCCCGACGUCCCCAUAUCUGCAGUGGUGGGAUGGUCAGAGCAUUGUUGGGCUCAUCAUAUUUGUUCUGUGCAUUCUGUACUCCAGCAUUCGAUCGUCCAACACAACCCAAGUCAACAAGCUGACCAUGGCCUCCAAAGACUCGGCCAUCCUGGCGGAGGGUGGGGGCAGCGGCGAGCUGUCGGACGAGUCCAUGUCCCUCCGGCGGGUGGAGGACAACGAACGGGAAAUGGUGCAGUACAGCUACUCCUUCUUCCACUUCAUGCUCUUCCUGGCUUCACUGUACAUCAUGAUGAUCCUCACCAACUGGUACAGUCCUGAUGCAGACUACACGAUAACCAGCAAGUGGCCCACAGUGUGGGUGAAGAUCUCCUCCAGCUGGUUGUGUUUGGCCCUCUACAUCUGGACUCUGGUGGCUCCCAUGAUCCUCACCAAUCGGGACUUCAGCUGAUCACUGUUCCUGUUGAGAAAAAGAAAUACUGAAUGUCACAUGCAUGUUUUUACACACAGACGGAGCAUGGACCAUUUUAGCUGGACAGUUCAAAGCUUCAGAUCUUCACUGGUGCCACAAAAGCUCUGUCGGAUUCAGCAUGGUGUCUUCAUACCUGCCGUUUCAUCACUGACCGUCACAAGUCUGUGCUGCAACGCCAAGCAUGUUAAUAAACCUAUGUUUGUUCCCUUUUUAGUCUUCUCUUAAAAUGUAAGUCAAUAAAAGUUCCAAACCAAAGAUC